AUGUUAUGUUGGACUACUCCCAAUCUACAAACACCCAUGUACUUUUUCCUUCGCCACCUGUCAUUUUCUGACCUCUGUUAUUCUUCAGUGAUCACGCCAAAGUUAUUGGAGAGUUUGAUUAUUGGAGAUAGUUCAAUCCUUUAUGCUGCGUGCAUGACCCAGCUUGUCGUAUUCAGCAUCUUUGGAAGUUUGGAGUGCCUGAUACUUGGACUGAUGGCCUGUGAUCGAAGUGUAGCAGUGUGCAAGCCACUGUUCUACCACCUCAUUAUGACAGAUUCCGUAUGCGAACGAUUAAUAGCAAGUUGUUAUAUGGUUUCCAUAACAACUUCUAUGUUAAAUGCCGCUUACGCUCUGCAGCUCUCCUUCUGCAGCGCUAUACAAAUCCAUCAUUUUUAUUGUGACUACCCCCCUCUGUUAAAGCUGUCCUGCUCAGAUACAUCUGUGAAUGAACUGGUACUGUUAGCCUCAGUGUCUUGCGUCAGUGGUGUAUCUGUGAUCACCAUUCUAGUUUCCUAUGGAUACAUUAUAUUUACUGUGCUGAGACUUCGUUCUAAAGUGGGAAGGCAAAAAGCGUUCUACACCUGUUCAUCCCAUCUUAUUGUUGUUUCCGUGUUCUAUGGGACUAUUUUAUUUAUGUAUCUCCGUCCUGGUGGCAAAUAUUUUUCUGAUCAAGACAAAGUGGUGGCUGUAUUUUAUACUGUGGUAAUACCUGUAUUAAACCCUAUAAUCUACAGCAUGAGGAACAGGGAACUGAAAAGUGCCCUUACAAAAAUUCUAAGAAGAAUGAAUGUGGUUGUGUAA